AUGAACAGAACGCUUCUCCGCUACAUAGCGCCCAGACGGAAGGAAGGGGUGAUAAAUAUAAUCCUCGUGCUACUCUUCAUCUUUGGACUCGUCCAAUAUUAUAACACCAAGUCUUCCGUUAACAAAGCAGACCCAAAUUUGCAAGCCCGAGGCAUCCGAUAUCAACGGCCAAACUAUGCGGGCCACCGAGAAGGUGCCGGCGAGAACGGACGAGCGGUCCUCUUGACCGGAGACGAAAAAGAAGCUGGCGAAAAGGACAUGAAGGAAUGGUUUAUGAAUGUGCAUGCCAGCGAUAAGAUCUCGUUAGAUCGAAGUUUGCCGGACGUGAGACGGGAAGAGUGCCGGAGAUUGACCUAUGAUUAUGACAAUCUGCCGGAUGCAUCGGUAGUGAUCAUCUUCACGGAUGAAGCCUGGACGCCGUUGAUGCGAACGGUGCAUUCCGUAGUCAACAGGAGCCCAAGUAAACUGCUCAAAGAAGUGAUUUUGCUAGAUGAUAACUCGCAGCGAGAAGAACUAAAGGCAAAUUUGGACGAGUAUGUGACGCGUUUUGACGGGCUCGUCAAGGUGAUUAGAAGCGACGUAAGGCUCGGCUUGAUUCGCGCGAAAUUAUUAGGAGGAAAACACGCAACAGGCGAGAUUGUGGUUUUUCUCGAUUCGCAUUGUGAGGCUACAAAAGGAUGGCUUGAGCCGAUCGCUGCUCGAAUCAAGGAGAAGCCGACAGCCGUUGUUUGUCCGAUUAUCGACUAUAUUGACGCGAAAACGAUGGCAUAUUCAGGCGAUCCCUAUGCGACAUCCGUCGGCGGCUUCUCCUGGGCCCUCCAUUUCACCUGGGAGGGAAUGCCGGAAGUCGAGAAAAAUCGCAGAACAUCGGAUACACAGGAGAUCCGUUCUCCAACAAUGGCCGGCGGCCUGCUCGCUGCAAAUCGGAAUUACUUCUUCGAAGUGGGCGGCUACGACGAGGAGAUGGACAUUUGGGGCGGAGAAAAUCUGGAGAUUUCUUUUAGAGUUUGGAUGUGCGGCGGUUCGAUCGAAUUUCUGCCAUGCUCUCAUGUUGGUCACAUUUUCCGGGCUGGCCAUCCGUAUAACAUGACCGGGCGCGGAGGAAAUAAAGAUGUGCAUGGCACAAAUUCGAAGCGUUUGGCUGAAGUCUGGAUGGACGACUACAAGCGCUUAUACUACUUACACCGCCCGGAUCUAAAACACAAAGACGUCGGCGAGCUGAAAUCGCGACGGGAAUUGAGGGAACGAUUGAACUGCCAGUCCUUCAAGUGGUACCUCGACAACAUCAUCCCCGGGAAAUUCAUCCUGGAUGAAGAUGUGCAUUCCUACGGAAAUGCAUUUACACGAGUGGGCGGGAUCGAGAUGUGCCUGGACACGCUGCAGCGGGAUGAGAAAAUGCCCCAAUUGUUGGGAAUUUAUCACUGCCAAUCGGGUGGCAGUUCGGCACAGGUUUUCUCAUACUCCAAGCAAAACCACCUCCGCCGUGAAAACAAUUGCGCCCGCGUGGAAAAGGGCGGCCGUGAAUCAACGGGACGGGUCAGAAUGCAGCCCUGCUCCUCUGGCUCGGCCUCCACUUGGACUGUUAAAGAAGGACAAAUCACGGAGGACGGAUCUGGCCUUUGCCUAACGACAAAGGGGCUCAAGGCCGGCGAUGACGUCAUUGUUGCAGCUUGCGACAAAAUGGACCCCCAUCAAUUGUGGACGUUCCGUAACCCA